UUUUCAUCUCCAUCCUCUUCUCCCUCUAUCAUAUUUGUCCCCAAGCAGCUCCGCCAUGUCUCUCACUCGCUACACCGCACCCAUUCCCCAGGGCGCGAAGGUGGUCGAGACGCGUGAGCAACUCAACCAAGUAGUCCGGGAAAAUCCUGAGACUGUCCUGUACGAUCAGGAUGGUGGCUACAUGUUGAAAGAUGAGAGCGGUACCGUGAUUGCCAUAGCUGCGGAUUCUCUGUGUCCCGAGCUGGACCAGGCCUUGGCUGAAGUCGAGGCCCUCCAAGCAGAGACGAAGCUGGCUGGCAAUGCCGGAGACCAAGGUGAUACCACCAGCAAGAAAAGAGACGUUAAUGAUGUUCAGGACACUAAUCGUCCACUUCGUUGUUCUCACCCUAGAUGCUUCAAUUCCGCCAUCUGCCUGACCUAUACCGAUUGUCACGUCUGUUUGCGACAGCACCACUGUAUUUGAAAUGGUUGAUACUUUACACGAUGGGGUUUGAAGAGUUGGAAGGAAUCUGAUAUAAGGAGGAACUACGAAGAAUGGGAUUGUGAUGGCUGUGUGAUAGUGGAUUAUCUGAAUGAAGGAGGGGCGAUGUAUGUAUGCAUAUGCAGACUGGGGCAGAGAUUGUUGUCAAUGGCUUGCUUCUCUGCAGUGACCUGGCUCGAGAAUGUGAUGCACUUUGAUCUUCUUGCAA